UUCCCUGUAGUUAUAGCGCGACUAACUACACCUUACCCACAAAAUAUGUCUGACAGCGUAUUGUAGUAAAACUUACAACUUAAUUAUAGUAAUUUCUUUUCGUGUUCGGUCCGGUCAAAAACAGACGCCAUUUCAUUGUUCAGUUGUGAAGUAUUUUCAGUGCUGUUGUGAAUGCUUGUUUUGUUUUACUUUGUUUGACCAAUCUUACGAAAAUGAAUCCGAAACCUGCCCAAAAAGGUGAAAUCAUCGUCGACGACAUUCUCAGUGACCCCGAAUACAUUGCCGAAGCUGAUGAGAAUCCUGAACUUCGUCAGCUCAUAGUCGAUUCUUGGGGAUUAAAUCCUAACAUUUACGCUAUACUGAUUGCUCACGGAUACAACGUGGAAUAUCUUAUGAUAAUGGAAGACAUGGCGCUGAAUGAUGUGUUUUCAGUUGCCAAAUGGACUGGACAUAAAUACGCUCUUCGUCGGAAGUUGAUGCUGUGGGAAGACGGAAUACUUUUCCAGAACAAUGCUUCAGCAUCCGAACCAGUAGCUGGGACCUCGGCUGAAACAAGUGCUGAUCUACCCACGGCCCAUACAUCGACACAAAUGGAUAAAACAAGGUUAAUUUCAACAACGGUAACAAGUGCAGUAUUGGACUCAAUAUUGGAGCGCAACGAGAAGGGAAAAAUUGUGUGCAAUUACUAUCGGGAUCAUCAUUUUCUAGAUAAAGUUCACCGAAACUUUCUCGCACACACAAUAGUGGAUUAUUACAUCGCUAAUCAAACGUAUUUCAAACCAGCCGAUAUGGCUCAAUUUUCAGAAUUGAUAGCCGAACGUUUUCCACCAGAAAUCGCCAUAACAUAUUAUAAUCCACGUGACAUUUCUGCUGGCAAAGAUCAUACAUCCGGCGCGCUCUAUGAUCGAUUUCAUAACCGAAGACACCUUAAACGACCUCUUGUUCCAUGCACCAAACGAAAGCAAUCCAAAGUCAAAAUCGCAUCUUUUCUCUCGGAGCAACAAACAGCUGCAUCACAACUGCAAGAAGAAGAUAUCACUAAAUUGGACGCCAUCAAAGCUUGGUUGCGAAAUAAUUUUGAUAAAAGUGAUAACUUCUCGAAGCAGUGGAAGGACUCGAUCCUGCUGAGGCUGAGAAGCAUCCUUCAAGAUACAAACAUUAAUAAAUCGACAGUUCUUUUGGAGUGGCCUCGUUACCUUGAUGAGAACGGAUAUUUGUUGAUUGAUUCGGACUUUAAUUUCCUAUACCAAAAAUCAGACGACCAGUGUAAUCUUUUCAACAAGUGGGAAUGGUUUUGUACAAAUUUCUAUGAAUACAUUUUGUCCAGUGCCCUCAAAGACCAAUAUUCAAUUCAUUUGUUGAGCGUGCUGGAAAAUGGAAACUGUUCGCAGGAUUCUCGUGAUUUUAUUCUAUGUGCCGUUUUCCAUGCCAUAAUUAAACCAGUAAGAACAUCCGCUACAAAGUUACCGACAAUACUACAAGCUCAACUGGACACCUGUUUGGUUUGCAACACACAAGAGGUCUUGUCGAACUCGUUGCAGGUCCAACGAGAGGAGUUUGAAAAAGCUGAUAUUCAAUUCGCACCGAGAAUUUAUGCAGUAGGAUCAACCGAACGCCUUGAAUGUUUCUAUGUUGUUACACACAACUUGCAGUAUAAGCUUCCAUCUUUCGUGCGUUGCCUAGACGUGGUCGUAAAACUGAAAUACACAUUGGAUUUGAACUUUUCGGAAAGCGCUGAGCUCUUCUGGGCCUUACUAAGCCGAUAUUUCUACGGUGUUGAAUACAACAACAAAUCGAAGAAUACCCAAGUGCUACAGUUGCUGGAUUAUUUGCAAAAGUGA